AUGCCUACCCCGAGCUGCGCACCCGAGAAGCCGAAGCUCAAUGGCAGUGCCGAAAGGCCGACGCCUAGCGGCGCGCCCGAUACGCGGAAACACAUCGGCAGCGCCGGGAGGCCUACCCCGAGAUGCGCACUCGAGAAGCCGAAGCUCAAUUGCAGUGCCGAAAGGCCGACGCCUAGCGGCACGCCCGAUACGCGGAAACACAUCGGCAGCGCCGGGAGGCCUACCCCGAGCUGCGCACCCGAGAAGCCGACGCUCAAUGGCAGUGCCGAAAGGCCGACGCCUAGCGGCACGCCCGAUACGCGGAAACACAUCGGCAGCGCCGGGAGGCCUACCCCGAGCUGCGCACCCGAGAAGCCGACGCUCAAUUGCAGUGCCGAAAGGCCGACGCCUAGCGGCGCGCCCGAUACGCGGAAACACGUCGGCAGCGCCGGGAGGCCUACCCCGAGCUGCGCACCCGAGAAGCCGACGCUCAAUUGCAGUGCCGAAAGGCCGACGCCUAGCGGCGCGCCCGAUACGCGGAAACACAUCGGCAGCGCCGGGAGGCCUACCCCGAGCUGCGCACCCGAGAAGCCGACGCUCAAUUGCAGUGCCGAAAGGCCGACGCCUAGCGGCGCGCCCGAUACGCGGUAA